UUGCCGCUCCCGGGAGCCGAGCGUUCUGAUUUCCCGGGAGAUAAGUGACUGGCGCCUACACACCGGCUCCAUGUAUCAAACCAUGGAGAUCUACACGGGCGGGAAGAAGCAAUUCCCCCAACGCUUCCUGCUAAACUCCUAUAGAAUAUUUGAUGAAAGUGUGAGUGAUAUAAAGCAAGAUCAGAGGCCGCUAAGCCACAUAGCCCUGUGCAAACAGCCUCAGCAGCAUCCAAGAUCUCCAGACCGCAAUAACAUGCCUCAUCCGUACUAUGCCAAAUUUCUGAGAGACAAUGUUAGGUUUCUCAAAGAGCCAAUUCAUUUCAUGGACACAGCAGGUACCAUUCAUAGGCAGGCGGAGUGGUGGCCCAGUGGCCAGCAAAGUCUAAGCAUUGAUAAACCACCAUAUGACCGGAAGACUACUCAACGAAGUGACUUCCAGAACUUGGCUUAUUGCAAGCCACAGAAAAGGCAUGACUGUAACCCCCACAAGACCCCUGUGCAUGGAAUAGCUCCACUUGUUUCUCCGAAACCCAGAGAAAAGUUACCAAAACUGUUGCUGGAGCACGUGUCCUUUAAACAUCAUUAUGAUUCCAGAUUAACCCCCAGUGAACCAAUUCCAGGGAAGCGUCAUGGAGCCUUUGUGUGGACGGAGAUAAAAACAGAGAGCCAGCCCAGAGUUCCUCAGGGAACCAGGCCGUUCCUAAAUGCUACAGGGUCACAUUCACUCCGACAGGCACAAACAGAGAAAGGAAAUUCGGUGGAAAGCAGUGUGACCUCACCCAAUCUCUGCGAGCACGGUUCCCAGCAGAUGUUUAACUCAGAAACGCGCUUAUCAAAAACAGACUUCCGAGACUCGGCCAAAACCUAUCCCACAAUCCCAGAUGGAGAACAGUCAGGCAGUUCCCGGCCAACCAGGAGAAAUACCCUUAUUCCCAUCAGUGAAUUCUUAGCAAGUCAGCCAAGUGUAAACCGUAAGCACAAAGCCCAAUAGCUCCAGACACCACAGCAUCUAUUGAUUAUUUAUUCUGCCCCGCAUUGAGCGCACGCUGGCUUAUGACAUCAGUGACUCCUAGCACCGGCUAACACCAAGGAACUGGCCCAUCGCAGGAUUACAAUUGUCUUGCGUAAUUUCCUUUCUCCCUAUUGUUAAAAUAAUUACAAACGACAUUUUCAAUGUCUCGUGUUUAUAACGUGUUUAUA